UCAGAGAUAGCCAGUGCUUGCCGCAACCGGGGGUUGUGGAUCCAGGCCGAUUGAUUAUUAGCAGAUUCCCUUGAGCGGGUUUGUCCCAAGUAACAGGGAGUGUGUCAGGAAGAUGGCACUGGGAAGACUCUCGAUUGUGCUGUUGAUAGUUGUUCAUGCAUGCAGCGUUUUUUCCCAAAACGACCCAGCAUGCAUCACUACUACUGGCCAGGAAGGAUUCUGUGUGCCGAUCGAACGUUGUUGGAACGUCUACAGCGCUGUAAAGUCGCGCAGACCCCUGACUACGGGGCUCAAAAAUUAUUUGAAUGGUAUUGCUUGUACACGCCCUGAUGUUAUGCGAACCGUUUGCUGCGUGCCAUCGGAAAUCGAUCCACCAGCCCCUAAAAUUGAACCGACCUCACUACCGACGACAGUUUGUGGCAUAAGUGGAUACAACCGUUUAGAUGGAACUAAUUUGUCUCAUUUGUUCGAGCAUCGGUGGAUGGCUCUGCUGCGAUACAUGCGGAACGAUGAGCUGGUGGAUGGUUGCGGUGGUUCGCUGAUCAACAAUCGCUACGUAUUAACGGCAGCACAUUGCGUUCGUACACCGAGCGAUUUGAAGCUAUCCAAAGUCCGCCUUGGGGAGCACGAUAAAUCGAAAACCCUUGACUGUAAUGUGUAUUUCAACGACGAUCGGGAAUGUGCCGAUCCUCCAAUCGAUGUUGACAUAGAGUCGACGAUCGUACACAGCGAGUACAACAGCCCGAUUCAGUUCCGGCAUGAUAUAGCUUUGAUUCGGUUGGCACAAGAUGUCCAAUAUAGUCACAGCUUUAUUUUCACCACAGAUUCCAUCAUACCCAUUUGCUUACCGAUCAGAGAGGAUGUUCGGAAUAAAAUUGUAUCAAGAUACAUCCUGACCGGCUGGGGCACGACUGAACAGCAAACGUUGUCCGAUAUUUUAAUGCAGGUAUCCUUAAACCACGUACCCGUAACAGAAUGCCAACAAAAAAUGAAGGAAAAUGGGCUCAGUAUAGAUCUUUCGGAGGAGUAUCAAUUUUGUGCUGAAGGUAGAGAGCUGGUUGACUCCUGCAAGGGUGAAUCAGGUGGACCGUUGGCUAGUGCCAUGAAUCUCGAAGGUCUCAGAUUCGUUCAAUACGGUAUCGUAUCGACCGCGGGAGUUUCUUGCGGGAAUCUAAGCGUCCCGGGAAUUUACACUCGAGUAUCUAGCUACAUGAACUGGAUAGUGGAGAAUAUGCAACCAUGA